CCUCUAACUUUGGUACAGUCUAGAAUUCAGUUGACGCAGAUAAGUAACAGAGUAAACAACACUGGACAGAAGACCAAGCAGCUGAACCAGCUCUAUUAAGACAAGAUGAAAAAGUUAUUUUUGAUGCUUUUUCUCUGUCACUUUUCAUCAGCAGUGAAACACACCCUGAGGUAUGCCUUAACUGCAUAUUCUGGAGUGCAAGACUUCAACUUUGUCGGUGUUACAGUGGUUGAUGGCAUAGUGGUGGGUAACUGCGACAGCAGCAACAAGAUAGUGGAACCAAAACAGGACUGGACAAAAAAAUUCAUUGAAGACAAUCCUCGGCAGUUGGAGUGGUACACGCGACAGUGUUUAGAGACUGAGCCCAACUUCUUAAAAGCCACGAUUUACAGUUUGAAACAGCGCUUCAACCAAAGUGGAGGUGUCCACAUUCUCCAGAAGAAUAGUGGUUGUGAUUGGGAUGACGAGACUGGAGAGGUUAAUGGUUUUAAUCAGUAUGGUUAUGAUGGAGAAGACUUAAUAUCAUUCGACCUGAAGACACUGACAUGGGUCGCUCCAAAACAACAGGCUUUCAACAUCAAAAUGAGAUGGGACGCUGACAAAACUAGAAUUCAAAGCACUGAAGACUACAUCAUGAAGAUUUUCCCUGAGUGGCUGAAGAAGUAUGUGGCCUACAGCAACAGCUCUCUGCCGAGAACAGAGCCCUCAGUGUUUCUCCUCCAGAAGACGCCUUCCUCUCCAGUCAGCUGCCACGCUACAGGUUUCUUCCCUGACAGAGCCAUGAUGUUCUGGAGGAAAGAUGGAGAGGAGAUUCAUGAAGAUGUGGAACAUGGAGAGAUUCUCCCCAACCAUGAUGGCACCUUCCAGAUGAGUGUUGACCUGGACCUUUCAUCAGUCACACGUGAAGACUGGUGGAGGUACGACUGUGUGUUUCAUCUCUCUGGUGUAAACGACAACAUUGUUACCAGACUGGAUGAAGCAGUGAUCAGGACCAACAGGGGUAAGAAUGAGACCAGAGGGUGCUGAUGGGGACUGCAUGUCUGUGGUUUGCUUUAGCUUUUGUC